AUGGCGGCAGGGCGGCUCGAUGUGUCAAGGAGAAGGGGUGGUGAUCUGGUAAGGAAAAAUGGGUAUCAUAGUUCAACAAGUGUGUCUAGUUUUGAUUUUAGAAGAAGUGGGUUUAGUUGUAGAGAUGACGAGCGACAGUCAGGGGAGUUGUGGCAAUUUAAUACCUUUGGUGGUUCCCCAAGGUACGAGGAGGGUGAGAUACCAGGGAAUGAAGAUGGGGUUCAGUUGCCUCCAGAGAAGAAGAGGAGGUUUUCUCCUAUUGUAUGGGAUGUAGAGGAGAAAGAAGUGAGGAUUUCUUCAAAGAAUAGGAUUGUUCAAAGGAGCAGUACUCAGGGUUUAAAUGUUGUUUCAGAUGAGGAUGUUGUGAAAAAUCCUGUCAAAGGAGGAUUGGAGCUUGUGGUAGAUAAGAAUUGGGUGGAUCGAGGGUCAGUUGAUAGUAUUGGAUCUGAAUAUCCAGCUCCUUUGUCUCCUCCAUUGCUGUUAAAGAAAGAUGGGGGUUAUGACCAAGAGCAGGGCCAAGUGGAGGAGGAAGAGGUUCCUGAAGCACGGAAUAUAGCCAUGUCCCGGUGGGCAUCUGAUGAUGAUUCUCCAAGAGAUACCACUUUGGUUGACGGCGAAGGCAUACAUGGAGAAACUGUGUUCAGGACAAAUUCCAUUGAUGGAGAGACGUGCCAGAGAGAAGUGGCAGAGAGAGAGAGGUCAAGUUCAUCUUUAUCAGAUGAAAGAGGUUACAGCAUCAGCUCUACUUCUGGGUACGAAUUGCAAAAUGAUGUCAUGGAUGUUGAUGACAGAGGGGAUGAAAAUGCCAGUGUUGAUGAGAUUGAAGAAACCUUUGGUGAGAUCGAAGAGCCCACGGCUACCACCCAAAUGGGGUUUAGUAUGCUAGAGGGUUGUAGAAGUGUGUUCGAGUAUGAAAGACUCAAUGAAAUUAAUGAAGGAACCUAUGGCAAAGUGUACAAAGCCAAGGAUAAGAAGACUGGAGAAUUUGUGGCGUUGAAGAAAGUGAAGAUGGAUGUUGGAAGAGACAAAUACUUGGAGGAAUAUGGUUUUCCCUUGACAUCUUUGAGAGAGAUUAACAUUCUUAUGUCUUUUGAUCACCCUUCAAUUGUGAAAGUUAAAGAAGUUGUUAUGGGGGACCUUGAUAGUGUUUUCAUGGUGAUGGAGUACAUGGAACAUGAUCUCAAGGGGCUGAUGCAAGCGAUUAAGCAGCCUUUCAGUACAAGUGAAGUCAAAUGCUUAAUGCUACAGCUUUUGCAAGGUGUUAAGUAUCUUCAUGAUAAUUGGGUGCUUCACAGGGAUUUGAAGACAUCAAACCUUCUUCUCAACAACCAGGGGGAGUUGAAGGUAUGUGAUUUUGGGAUGUCACGCCAGUAUGGUAGCCCAUGGAAGCCAUAUACCUCUCUUGUGGUUACUUUGUGGUACAGGGCACCUGAACUUCUGCUUGGAGCAAAGCAAUAUUCAACAGCAGUUGACAUGUGGUCUGUGGGUUGCAUAAUGGCUGAAAUGUUGACGAAGGAACCUCUAUUCACAGGGAAACGUGAAAUUGAUCAGCUUGACAAGAUCUUCAGAACUUUAGGAACUCCUAAUGAGAUGAUUUGGCCUGGAUUAUCGAAAUUGCCAGGGGCAAAAGCAAAUUUUGUUAAGCAACCGUAUAAUCAGUUAAGAAAGAAGUUUCCUUUCACACCUUUCACAGGAUCUCCAGUUCUCUCUGACUCAGGAUUUGACUUGUUAAACAAACUCUUAACUUAUGACCCAGAGAAGAGAAUAACAGCAGAUGAUGCACUUAAUCAUCCUUGGUUUCAGGAGGUUCCUCUACCAAAAUCAAAAGAAUUCAUGCCUACUUUCCCCCUCAGUUUGCAAAGAAAAGUGGAUCGGGGCUCUGAUCUUUCUGGCAGCCUGCAAGCUACCCUUGACUACAGCCACCAUGUUUCUCAAGUCCUUUUGAUUGGAUGUUCAGCUGCAGUGUACGAUGAAGGUCACUAUGCUAUUGAAGUUGAUCGAAGAUUUUUUUGCUGUGACCAAAAGGUGUUAAUGCCUGCUGGUUGA